CCAAACAACAGCAGAUGCACAAUCUGUGCGGAUGCAUGAGAUAAGAGUUAUUUCUUUGCAGUACUUGUAUAUGCCUGACGAUCACCCAAAAUUUCUCUUCCAAUUGGCAGAACUAUGAUCCAGAAUAUGAUUAAGGAGGGAAAGAUUGUGCCUGCGGAAGUGUCAAUCAAGCUCCUGCCAAAAGCCACGCAGGAAAGUGGAAAUGACAAGUUCCUUAUCGACGGUUUCCCUCUGAAUGAGGAAAGUCAUGCGGCAUUUGAAGCUGUUACUAAAAUUGAGCCAGAAUUCGCGUUGUUUUUUGAUUGUCCUGUGGAAGAGAUGGAAAAGCACUUGUUGAGUCGGAGUCAGGGAGGAGAAGAUGACAACGUAGAAGCAAUAAGGAAAAGGUUUGAGGCAUUCUUGGGGUCUAGCCUCCCCGUUAUUGAACAUUACCAUUCCAGGGGAAAUGUCAGAAAGGUGAGGAAAUUUCUAAAUGUGUUGAAACCUUCUGUAGAGGCUUUGUUGGCUGUGAAGGUCACUGAAAGGAACGAAACGAUGGGGGCCUGGAUCAUCUUCACAAGUUUGUUAAAUGCUGUUUGUUCAUGCUGUCCGUUUAAUACCUUAUACAGAACCAAUACUUGUAAUUAUGUCUCAUGAGAUUAUUUAGCACUAUGAUAGCUUGGAACAAGGCUUCUAUUUCCACAGCCAAAUCAUAUGUUGGGCGGCCUCUCAACA